CCAGUCCAGCACCUAAAUCAUCCAGCUCUAGCCAGCUCCAAGAUGACACCCAUCAGCAAACGCGACGGCGGCAACACCGCGCCUCGCGUCCCUGUAUCCAGCCAGCCGAGGGCCCGCACCGGGCCUUCGGAGCCGGUGCAGUCGGCCGGCGAGAACACCGCGCAAACCAAAGGCAAGCAGGACAGCAAGGCUGCGAUGCUCGCCAAAAUCAAGAUCCUCGAGAACGACAUCAAGGUGCUGGCGGCCGAGAAGAACAACACCCAACAGGCUCUCGACGACGCCAAUGAGCAAAUCAAGGGGCUGCAGACAGACAAGAAGAACACUCAACAGGCCCUCGAAGCCGCCAAACAAAGAAUCAAGGACCUCGAAGACAGCUUCCUCGCCGCCGUUGCCCGUGUGGAGGCUUCGUACCAGGAGAACGCCGAGGCGGUCGAGGAAAAGUACCAAGACCAGCUUGAGGAAGCGUACCGCCUCGGCUUCAACGCAGGUCUGUCCCAGACCAAAAAGCCGCACAAUGGGAACAACGCGUCCAAAUGCCUUGUGUGCGGCACGCGGGUUGUUGACCACAUGCCGUUCACGUGCCAGCACGUGUCGACCUGCCAGAAAUGCGAGGGCCAGGCACAGAAGUGCCCUUUCGAGGGGUGCGACCAGGAAGAGCGCCGCGCCUUCGACGGCAGGAAGGUCAUCUUCCCGCCUCUCCCCCCGCCUCCCGCAGACGAGGAGCCGAAGGUCAAGGGCAAGAAGCCCAAGCGCCACUAG